AAGUUUACCACAGGCUCACAGCACACUACUAUAGUCAAAACAGCCUGCUCCUCCGCGAAUCUCUUUUUAGUGGUACAUAACAUUACCACGCGCCAAUAGGCCUGUGAAAUCACCCCUUCAACCUUUACCUAUCUAUAGUACAAUCUGCUUGCUGUACAUCAAGAAAACCAGCCCCUUUUCUCUAAAGGUACUGUUCCUUCCUGCAAGAAGAGGAAAGAGAGCAGAAACACAACUGAAAUUACCCAAAACAAAACAACAGUAAACAAAAGAAAAAAUCAUUAGCCAUCAAAAUUGAACCUUUGAAGGCCUCAGUCUUUAAGUUUUAACCAUCCAAAGCAUCCAAUCAACCAUGGCAGAACAGAUUAUAGAAGAAGAACCCACAACUUUCCCACCUUCAACUUCACCUCCCUCGCAAAAUCAAGCCCAACAAGAGUUACCAACUCCAUCGAACACCUCCAUGCUUCUCUUAAGGAUUAUGAGCAAAAGAAGAACAUGGGUCUGCCUGUUUUUUGGUGUUUACACGGUUUUGUUAUCGCUUUCUUGGAAUUUCCUUAAAUCAGUUCUUGCUUGGUAUGAAACAACUUUGAUGAACUCUUCAUCAAGUUCAGCAUCAUCAUCAGUUUAUUCAGGUUGGCCAGCUUUGUAUGCAUCAGCUCUUUUAGGUGUGGCUUUUGGAGUGCUCUCCAUGGUGACAGCCUUGGCUGUGGCUGUUCCUGCUACUUUGGUUACUUGGAUUACUGUGCUGGUUUUGCUGACUUUUUGUGGGAAGCCCAGAAGGACUUUGGUGAUGGAAGGCAAGAAAUUGACUGCUGAUAUUACUGGAUUUGUAGUGAAGGUUUUGCUCAAAGAAGGGAAUAUUGUGGCCGCACUUUGUGCUGUUCUUGGAUAUUUUGCAUUUGUUAGGAGAGGCAAAGAAAAUGCUACUGCUGGUGACUAUUAGAUCUGACUCUAAACAAUAAUUUUUGUGCAUGUUUCCUUGACGAAAUUCAGAUGGUGGUCUUAGACUAUUAGGCUGGA